AUGCCUUUCAGGAUGUCGGCUGCAACAUUGACUGCUCCCACUUUGGGGAAAGAGGCUUUUUUCAAAGACAAGGAUAAGCCGGAGAGUGUUCGCAGCAGCAACAUCGUGGCGGCGAAGGCGGUGGCUGAUGCUGUGAGAACAUCUCUUGGUCCACGUGGAAUGGAUAAAAUGAUUCAGUCAGGCAAUGGCGAUGUUACGAUUACAAACGACGGUGCAACCAUCCUCAAUCAGAUGAGCCUCGUCCAUCCUACUGCGAAAAUGCUGGUUGAGCUUUCAAAAGCUCAGGAUAUUGAGGCAGGAGACGGAACAACGACCGUGGUAGUAAUCGCUGGCGCCCUUCUAGAUGCAGCACAAACUCUUUUACAGAAAGGAAUUCAUCCCACCACUAUCUCUGAGUCAUUUCAAGCAGCUGCAGUUGAGGCGGGAAAAAUCUUAGAAAAUAUGAGCACUCGUGUUGAUCUUGCAAACGACGAACUUCUUGUCAAAAUGGCUACAACAUCUCUUAAUUCCAAGGUUGUUUCACAGUAUUCCUGGCUAUUGGCACCUAUGGCAGUGAAUGCUGUUAAGCGCAUCAUUGACCCUAUCCGCGACUCUUCUGUCAACCUAAAAAUGAUCAAAAUCGUCAAGAAAAUAGGAGAUACUGUAGAGGAGUCUGAGUUGAUAGAUGGAGCCCUUAUUAACCAGAAGGCAAUGGGUCGUGGAGGUCCUACCCGUGUCGAGAAAGCCAAGAUCGGUCUCAUUCAAUUUCAGAUCAGCCCACCGAAAACUGAUAUGGAAAACCAAGUCAUCAUUUCCGAUUAUACGCAAAUGGAUCGUGCACUAAAAGAAGAACGGCAGUAUUUGCUUGAGAUAUGCAAGCAGAUUAAGAAAGCGGGUUGUAGUGUGUUACUGAUACAGAAGAGCAUACUCAGAGAUGCUGUGAACGAACUCUCUCUUCAUUUCUUGGCUAAGAUGAAGAUCAUGGUCGUUAAGGACAUUGAACGAGAGGAUAUCGAGUUUUUUUCGAAGAUCCUUGGAUGUCGACCUAUUGCAUCGUUGGAUCACUUCCUGCCUGAAGCGCUUGGAACAGCUGAUCUAGUUGAGGAAAUUCCUUGUGGUGGUGAUGAAAGGGUGAUCAAGGUCACCGGUGUCGCGAACCCAGGUCAGGCUUGCUCCAUUUUACUGCGUGGUUCAAAUAAGUUGGUUCUUGAAGAAGCUGAACGUUCGCUGCAUGAUGCUUUGUGUGUAAUACGUUGCCUUGUUAAGAAGAAGGCACUUCUCCCAGGAGGGGGUGCACCAGAAAUGGAAGUCGCUGUGAAAUUACGCCAGUUAGCUCAGAAACAACAUGGUGCUCAACAGUAUUGCUGGCGAGCAUUUGCAGAUGCCUUAGAAGUGGUUCCUUACACUCUUGCUGAAAACGCUGGUUUAUCUCCAAUUCAUACCGUUACUGAAUUGCGUAACCAACACGCUAAUGGGAAUGCUGAUUACGGUGUGAAUGUUAGAAAGGGAUAUGUUACUGAUAUUCGCGAAGAGGACGUUCUACAACCUUUGCUGGUGACGCUGUCUGCAAUCAAACAGGCUUCGGAAUGUGUUAGGUCUAUCUUGAAGAUCGAUGACAUCGUAAGCUCUACCUAA